AUGGAUGACCGUCCAAGUCCAAGCCCGAGUGCAGUCCAGUAUAAUCUUGCACCAGACCUCGAAAGCCCUCAUUUUCGUGAUCGCAGCCAGACGCCGCCACUAGACGAAGACACUGCCGAGUCGUCCAACCAGCAGAAUGGUAACGGCGACAAACAUAUCACCAUGACCACUCCUUCGCCGGAGCGGUUUCGCCCGUCGUUGCCUGACAGAUUCUCUGCGAGAGAACAAUCUUCGCGUAGCAUCAGCGAGGCCGUUAGACUUGCGAUGUCACGGGAAGAACAGCAACAACUUCUUGAUGAUGAUGGUGAGGCAGCAGACGACGAUGGUUGUUAUCCACCUCGCAAGGACAGCAUACCUUGGCAGCCCAAUCCUCAUAGGCAGUUGCCCAUCUAUACGACCAUCCACCGGAUCAGAAGACUUGUUAUUGCAUGCAUUGGUACAUUAAUACCGACAUUUAAUUUACGGCAGUUUGCUAAAUCGUUGUANGAUGAUCCUUAUAGUCUUGAUCAGCUCAAGAGUCCUCGCAUGAAUACUGCUGUUGUACGACCUCUGCUUGACCAUCUGUACGAUCCAGACGAUGUUUCGAUUGGUAAGUGGACUUUGUCACAUUCUGUAACAAUUCUGAUUACCACCNNAGUUUGGUGCCUUCUGGUCAAUCGCGUACAGUUUCUUCGUCAGCAGUCCUUCCAAGCUCAUCAUCAGACUGUCAAUAUCACUCGUGCCAAUCUAUGCGAGGUUCUGGCCAGUCGAAUCUUGCGCCGAUUCGACGAGGAUCACAGUGGCCGUGAGGGACUUCUGACUCUUGCCAAUGUCCUGGUAUCUGGAUUUGAGCCGUUCCAGAAUGCUCCUCCUUCUGUUGACAGAGGCAAGCGGCCUCACUCCGCGCUCGCUGAAAGCUGGUUUGCGUCAGGCCGUGAACGAGUCUUGACAGCGCUCGAGGUGGCCAUCAUCUCAGAGUCNAAGAGCUUCUUGGCAGCAUCUGCCUGCCANAAAAUCGUUGAUGCCGUCUACAGAGGCCGUAUCAUCUACACUCCCACUGCGUUCAUCGACAUUCUGCCAGAUCGUUACAAGAACCGCAGAAUCUCUCUCUACGAUCCUCGCAAGGCACCAAUUCUCAACCAAUAUCGUCUCAUCGUUCCUCGCAACCGCAAGGUCAUCGAGAUCACUCAGUUCCUCGUGCUGUUCGGCUUGUAUCUGCUGACGAUGUUCAACAAGGCCAAGGAGAUAGGACCCGGCCAUUUGCACUUCACAACAGUCGAGCUGAUCUUUUGUGUUUAUGGUAGCGGUUGGGUACUCGAAGAACUUGCAUCUGUCCUGGAACACGGGUGGUCAGUACACACCGAGAACUUGUGGGCCUUUAUGGACAUUGCCUUUUCUUUAAUCUACCUGGCUUACUUUGGCAUACGCAUGCACGGCCUGAGGGUUGACUCCGGACCUGUGGGCAAACAAGCACUCGACAUCCUGUCUCUGGGAGCACCAAUUCUGAUGCCAAGACUGGCAUUCUGUUUGAUGCCUGAGAACAUGCUCUUCAUCGCACUGCGAACCAUGAUGGGAGACUUCACCUUCCUUACCAUGGUCACCGUUUGGUGCUUUGGUGGGUUCUUGCUUGCCAUGCGCUGGCUCAGUGAGAGUCAAGAAGGCUAUGUUUCGCACAGCUUCCUAACCAUCUCCAAGUGGAUGUUGUGGAUCUGGUUUGGUCUUGAUGGCACCGGCAUCACCAAAUCUGUCGAAUUCCACAGCUGGCUGGGACCUUUCCUUAUGGUGCUCUUCGCCUUCAUCGGCAACACGCUCUUCCUGACCAUUCUGGUAUCAAUUCUCAGCAACACCUACUCCAACCUUGCAAAGAAUGCCACAGCCGAAAUUCAAUUCAGGAGAGCGGUCUUGACCUUUGAAGGAGUCAAGUCUGACACCCUCUUCGCCUUCCGCCCACCCUUCAACGUUGCCGCCUUGGUUAUCCUCCUGCCCAUCAAGUUCCUCACCACGCCUCGCUGGUUCCACAAAGUAAACGUCACAGCAGUACGCGUGCUCAAUGCACCUCUGCUUCUCGCCAUCGCCCUCUACGAACGCAAAUACCUCUGGCAACGCAGCUCUAAACUCGGACCACGACGCCGCCACGCCUUUAUGGAUUUCUGGGAAAGCUUUGGCGCACAUGCCGAUUUGUCUAAUGUGUUUGACGAGGAGCCGCCGCAGAGUGUGUUGGACGAGAUGGAUGACAUAGACGAUGUGUUUGGUAAUGAUGUUUGGGCUAAUGGAUACAUGAAUACGAUUAGACAGAGAAGGGGCAGCAGGCAGAUUAGCGAGACUAGUUCUGCGUAUCCGGUGUUUAGACAACGGAGGUCGAGGGGUGACAGUAUACUUCCUGCGGAGACUUGGUAG